AUGUCGGACAGAGAUUAUGACUACGUAAUUGUUGGUGCUGGUAUAGCAGGACCUGCACUAGCGGUUGGGUUUGCUAAAUCAGGUAGAUCAGUAUUGGUGGUGGAACGAGACUUACGAGAACCAGAUCGGAUUGUUGGUGAACUUCUACAGCCAGGUGGAGUAAACGCUCUUCGAGAAUUAGGCAUUGAACACGCUCUCGAAGGAAUAGACGCAGUCCCUUCUAAAGGUUAUCAAGUGUUUUACCACGGAGAGACUGUAAAUAUCCCAUAUCCGACAAUAGAAGCCGAUGGCAAGACUCAAGAAGUCACUGGAAGAAGUUUCCACCAUGGCAGAUUCGUCAUGAACCUAAGGAAGGCUGCCAGUGAAACCCCUGGAGUUACAUUUUUAGAGGCCAAUGUAACAGAAAUAAUCACCAAUCCACACACAGGCCAUGUUUUAGGGGUCAAGACUGUCGACAAGACUGGUCGUUUACAACAUGUAAGUUAUUUUGCAAAGCCACCAUGUUCCAGUUAG